AUGUUCUUCUUUCCAUUCUUCCGACGAAUUCAUUGCCACUUGAAAGACGAGGUAUUGUAUAUUCGGAAAGAAGAAUUCGAAGAGCCGAUCAAGUCAGAAUGGGUUCUCGAAAUGCAGAAUAUCGAAAAGUACAGACCGAAUGGACCAACGCUCCCUGAUGGGUCAAUUAAUUGGCAAUGCUCAUGUAUGGCUGGUGGAUCUUUAGUAGCACAUCGAUGUGGAAACUACUUUCGAGAAUUGUACGUUUGUAUGAAGAGUGAUGAUAAACGAGAUCCCUCUGAAAAGUGUCCGAAUCAAUUUGUGAAUUGGGCGGCUUGUAUGCAGAAUAUGAGUGAUGAACGACGAGAAAAGAUGCGGAAAGCGAUGACGGAAGAUUCCACAGAACUCAAAAUUAGUGAAAAAUAG